GCCAGUUUCUCCCCCCCGCCCCACCAGAUCCGGUCCAGCCGGGUCCUUACCGACACACCCAGAAGCUGCCCCCCGCGUCUCACCCCAGGGCCUCUCCCAGGCAAGAAGUAGCCAAGGGCGGAGUGGUCAGGGGGACAUUUGUCUGCUCCUCCCUGCCUGGCUGCACGGCCACCAUAACCUGGGCAUCUUCCCGUAGGACCUGCCGUCACCACCAUGAUCCCCAACGCCGGUGCCUUCCUCCCCUUCCUCCUCCUCAUCCUGCCAGCCACCCCCCAGGAGCCAGAGGGGGCCACGGCAGAGCUGGUGGCUCAGACACAGGCAGGGCCGGUGCGGGGGCUGCGCCUGCCCGCGCUGUCUGGCCACGUCACCGCCUUCCUGGGCAUCCCCUAUGCCGAGCCCCCACUUGGCCCCUUGCGCUUCCGGCCCCCGCGGCCCCUCCGGCGGCCAUGGCGCGGCACGCGAGACGCCAGCGCCUACCCCCAGGCCUGCUGGCAGUACGUGGACAAGCUGUACCCCGGCUUCCCUGGCCUGGAGAUGUGGAACCCCAACCGGGAGCUGAGCGAGGACUGCCUGUACCUGAAUGUCUGGGUGCCGUCACCACGGCCCCGCAACGCCUCGGUGCUGGUCUGGAUCUACGGCGGCGGCUUCUACAGUGGCUCAUCCUCACUGGACGUCUAUGAUGGGCGGUAUCUGGCACAGGCUGAAGGGCUGGUGCUGGUGUCCAUGAACUACCGUGUGGGUGCCUUGGGCUUCCUGGCACUGCUGGGCAGCCCUGAGGCCCCGGGCAAUGUAGGGCUGCUGGACCAGCGCUUGGCCCUACAGUGGGUGCAAUCCAACAUCCGCGCCUUCGGCGGGGACCCUAGUGCUAUCACACUCUUCGGGGAAAGUGCUGGAGCUGCCUCGGUGGGCAUGCACCUGCUGUCACCAGCUAGCCGGGCCCUGUUCCACCGCGCUGUGCUGCAGAGUGGGGCCCCCAAUGGGCCCUGGGCCACCAUCAGCCCUGGGGAGAGCCGGCGGCGGGCACUGGAACUGGCGCACCGCGUGGGGUGUCCAGCCGGGGGCAAUGACUCUGAGGUGGUGGCCUGUCUCCGGUCCCGGUCACCCCAGGACCUCAUCGACCAGGAGUGGGGGGUCCUGCCGCAGCCCAGCGUCUUUCGCUUCCCCUUCGUGCCAGUGGUGGAUGGGGAUUUCCUAGCCGACAGCCCCGAGGUGCUGCUCAACGCAGGCAGCUUCGCCGAGAUGCCAGUGCUGGCCGGGGUGGUGCACGAUGAAGGCAGCUACUUCCUGAUCUAUGGGGCACCAGGGUUCAGCAAGGACAAUGAGAGCCUUAUCACCCGUGAAGAGUUCCUGGGGGGGGUGCGGCUGGGGGUCCCGCAGGCUGGGGAGCUGGCGGCCGAGGCGGUGGUGCUCCAGUACACGGACUGGCGGGACCCCGAGGACCCAGUGAAGAACCGGGAGGCACUGGACGAUGUGGUGGGUGACCACAACGUGGUGUGUCCUGUCACUCUGUUCGCGCAGCGGGCGGCCGAGCGAGGAGCCCCGGUCUUCGCCUACCUCUUCGACCACCGCGCGUCCACGCUGGCCUGGCCAGCCUGGAUGGGCGUCCCUCACGGCUAUGAGAUUGAGUUCGUCUUUGGGCUGCCCCUGCAGCCAGCGCUCAACUACACAGCAAGCGAGGCCGCCCUCAGCCACCGCAUGAUGCGCUACUGGGGGAACUUUGCCCGCACUGGGUAACAAUGGCCGGUGGGCGGGGGGGAGAUGGAUGGGUGGGCAGAGGAAAAGAUGGAGAGAUGGUGGGUGGGUGGAUGGACAGAGAAUAGACAACUGGGAUGGAUGAAGAUGGAGAGGAAUGAACAGGCAAUGGAUGGAUCAAUAGAUCCAUGGAUAGUUGGAUAGAUGUGUACAUAGAAGUAGAGAUGGAUGGGUGGAUGGAUGGUAUCUGGGAUAGAUGGUAUCUAGGAUAGGUGGGUGGGUGGGUGGAUGGUUGAAUUGAUGGGUGGUGUCUGAGAUUGGUGGGUGGAUAGUAUCUGGGACCGGUGGGUGGGUGCAUGGGUUGGUGGAUGGAUGGAUGGUACUUAGGAUUAGCAGAUGGGUAGGUGGAGGGACAGACUCAGAGAGAAGCAGAGGGGGGGAAAGCCGGGGGCUGCUGACACCUCCCCCACCCCACAGGGACCCCAACGAUGCAUCGGGACAGGCCGGGCACUGGCCCCCAUACACGGCCACGGGGCAGCGCUAUGUGAGGCUCGACACGGGGCCCCUGGCCGUAGGGCAAGGCCUGCGCGCACAGCUCUGCGCCUUCUGGACCCGCUU